AUGGACAACGACACUGAUGCAGUCUUCAUUGGCGAAGCCGAGAUCAACUCGAAGAACACAAACGCCCCGAGGGGAUCACGGCCAGCCAGCACUCACUCGGGUGAGGAGAACACAACCAUUGCAAGAGGAGGUAUAGAUGCACAUUUGGAUGCAGACGAGCAGGACCCGUUGUUGCCAUUCGAAUCCCGCAGGAGAAGAGCAAGCGAUGCUGGUUCAGGCCAUGAGUGGCAUGGUGUCGACGACUUCGACCAUCUCCCAUGGUACCGCAAGCCCUCCAUCUACUUUGUCCUGGCGCCCUUCUUCGUCAUGACUCUGGCAUUUGGUGCCAUCAUAUCUCCGAGAAUCAAUCUCAUUCUCAACCUCGUUUGUCGCGAAUACAUGUCCGAGCAACAGUCCAAGAAUCCCGGUCAUUCUUUCCUGCCCAUCUUGUUCAACGGCGAGAACCCUCAGUGCAGAUCACCAGAAGUCCAGGCCCGAGUCGCGCAAUUCACCCUGUACGGCAACCUGAUAGCUGGCCUCCUUUCCGCCAUCACCAGCCCCAAGCUGGGCGCUCUUUCUGAUCGACUCGGCCGCACAAAGAUCCUUGCCUUGACAAGCAUGGGCAUCAUUGCGGGAGACGCCUUGAUCAUCAUGGCUGCUACCAAGCCCGAGACCUUCCCUGUCAAUUGGAUUCUGGUCGGUUAUGCUCUUGAUGGCCUUUCUGGCUCCUUCACCGCCGCCAUGGCCAUUGCUAAUGCCUAUGCUACCGAUUGUACUCCCCCAGCGCGUCGCAACAUUUCCUUUGGCUAUCUCCAUGGCUGCCUCUUCACCGGUAUUGCUCUGGGACCCAUCCUAGGAGGACUUAUCGUCAAGGCCACAGGAAAAAUCUUGUCCAUUUUCUAUGCAUCGCUUGCUAUACAUGCACUUUUCAUCCUCUUCAUUGCUUUUUGUGUUCCUGAGUCUCUUUCCAAGCGUCGCCAGCAAGCUGCCCAGGAAAAGCACCGCGAAGACAAGGCUCAAACGGGCUCUUCCGACUGGAUCGAUCGAGUCCGAGCUGUCAACAUCUUGGAACCACUCAAGAUAUUGUGGCCUACCGGUGAGGGUUCUUCACCCGCCCUCAGACGCAACCUUGUGCUCCUGGCUGCUGUCGACACCAUCUUGUUUGGCGUUGCAAUGGGCAGUAUGACAAUCAUCGUUAUCUACGCCCGCUACCAGUUCAACUGGGAAUCGUUCGAGUCCGGCGUCUUCAUGUCUAUUGUCAACACUUGCAGGGUCAUGUGUCUCAUCGUCGUUCUGCCGCUGGUCACGCGCUAUGUUCGUGGCAAGGCAAGCGAAACUAAGCAGCGUAGUUCGGGCAGUGAUUCUUUCGACCUUGCUGUUGUUCGCGUUGCGGUUUUCUUUGAUACCCUGGGAUAUCUUGGAUACACCCUUGCUCGUACCGGACCGCUGAUGAUUCUCUCUGGUAGCAUAGCAAGCAUCGGAGGAAUCGGCUCGCCCACCCUUCAAUCAGCGCUGACCAAACAUGUACCACAUGAGAAGACUGGCCAACUGCUUGGUGCGUCUGGGCUGUUGCAUGCUCUGGCCCGAGUCAUCGCUCCCACGAUAUUCAAUGCUAUAUACUCCGCCACUGUCGGAAAGUUCACGCAGACGGUGUUCGUCUGCCUCACCGCCACCUUCGGUCUGGCAUUUGUGCUCAGCUUCUUCAUCAGACCACAUGUCUACCUAGAGAAGAGUGCAGCAGACGAAGAUUCAUGA